AUGCAGCCUGUCCCAGCCUACACUCCACCAGCCCUACCCCCCGUGGCUCCCGCGCCAGCUGAGAUACCCGGCCCAAACGAGCAAGGCCGGACUCUCGCCUUAUCCGCCCUCGACCCUCCUAUCGCCCCCUUGGACUCCAUUUUACCACUCACGUCCAUCCACCCCCUGCAGCAUCAACCGACCGCGCCCCGACUGAUCUCCGUCGCGCUACCCUUGACGCCCUAUCCCGAUCCGGACCACCAGAGUGCUUCACACUCCCUGCCGACCGACGCUCACACCCACGCACACAACCCGCGAACAGGCCACUCCCCUCCUCCAUCCGACGCCCACUCAACCGGCAGCCUGACCGUCCGUCCCGCCUUCCUCAACUCCCAACAAUCCACCCUUCGGCCACUCCGAGCCGGUCUGCUACCCACUUGGCGCCUCGCUCAGGCCCAACAGGCCGAAGGCCGGAAAUCAUCCUGGCAAGAGACCGACAGCAAUACCGCCCGCCCGGCCGGUUUGCCGCACUGGAUAAGCAAUUCCGGCGGGGUGCGGCAGGUCGAUGAGGUGGAUGCGGAGAUGUGUGUCUUGUGUGGGCGCGAAAGGGGUCGGUCAGAGGUGACGAUAAAGCAGUUUCAGCUGGGUGCGGGGAUUGCGGGCUUGAUGGCCGGGGUGGAGGGCGGCGGUGAGGAGAAGGAAGGGGAGAAGGAUGAUGGAUUGGGACGAUGGAUGGUUUGCAAAGAUACGGCGAGCUGCGAUGCGGCCGUCAAGCAGGCGUUCUUGGACGAGGACGAGCAGUAG